UACUUUUACGAGUUCCUGUCUUUACGCUCUUUGGAUAAAGGUAUAAUGGCUGAUCCAACUAUAAAUAUCCCCCUGCUUGGAACAGUUCCUCAUAAAGCAUCAGUUGUUCAGAUUGGAUUUCCUUGCCUUGGAAAACAGGAUGGAGUUGCUGCAUUUGAAGUUAAUGUGAUCAUAAUGAAUUCAGAAGGCAACGUUAUUCUCCAAACACCACAGAAUGCCAUCUUCUUCAAAACCUGUCAGCAAGCGGAGUGUCCAGGAGGAUGCAGAAAUGGAGGGUUUUGCAACGAAAGACAUGUCUGUGAAUGUCCAGAUGGAUUUUAUGGGCCUCACUGUGAGAAAGCUCUGUGCACUCCUCGCUGCAUGAACGGCGGGCUCUGCGUUACGCCCGGCUUAUGCAUCUGCCCACCUGGAUUCUACGGCAUCAACUGCGACAAAGCAAACUGUACAACAACCUGUUUCAAUGGAGGAACAUGUUUCUAUCUGGGAAAAUGCAUUUGUCCUUCAGGAUUUGAAGGAGACCAGUGUGAAAUUAGUAAAUGCUAUCAGCCCUGUCGAAAUGGAGGUAAAUGUACUGGUAAGAAUAAGUGCAAGUGCUCCAAAGGUUACCAAGGAGACCUUUGUUCCAAGCCUGUCUGUGAACCCGGCUGUGGAUUAUAUGGCACUUGUGUUGAACCUAACCAAUGCCAGUGCAAAGAAGGCUGGCAUGGAAGACACUGCAAUAAAAGGUACGGAGCCAGCAUCCUGAGCGCCCUGAGGCCGGCAGGCCCCAAGCACCGGCAGCACACGCCUUCCCCGAAAAAGCCUGAGGAGAGGCAUGUGCCACCCGAAUCCAAUUAUAUCUGGUGAACUCAGACAUCUGAAACAGUUUGUGUUACACAUAGUUCAUAGCCUUCAUUAACCUUUCAUGGGUUGAAUGGUAAAACGCUGUUCGUUACAGUUAAGAUUACUGGCUGGAAUUUUAUUAGCUUCGUUAUAAACCACUGAGCUGAUAUUUGCUAUUCCUUUUAUGUUUUAUAAAUACUUCUAUAGCAUGAUUAUAUAGCCUUCUUCUUUCAGUGCUUUGGAUGAUGUUUUGUACUAUAUUUCAGUUAUGUUUAAACUUCCAUUUUUGAUUAUAUAGCUGCAAAUAUUUUCCAAAAAUUAGGUAACAAUAUUCCAGGAGAGAAUCUCGUAGAUGCUAACCCGAAUCAUUUCAAUGACUACAGAUUUAUCUUGCUUAAGAUAAAGGCAAGAUGUCUUCUACAUUUUUGCAAUGGUGUGUUUAGACUUUGCCUUAAUAAAAAUAAAUAAAAUAAAUAAGAAUUACCUAAUUUAAAAACAGAAUAACUCAAUUCAACAGUAUUUUUGGUCUUUCAGUUUUUGGCCUUUCAAGUACUGUGUAUUAAAAAUACACUGCAGUAGCGCCAUUUAAGCGUCAUAAUAUAUUGUAAACAAAGUAGAACUAUAAUGUAUGAACUUUUUGCAUUGGCUUGAAGCGAUAUAAUAUAUUGUAAACAAAACAGCUCUUAUGUAAUAAACUUUUUAUACCGGUUGUUAUGUAUAAAAUAAAGAUGCUGCUUUAGUUUU